AUGCCUCAAAUUUGUUGGAUGAAAAAACAAGGCCGAAGCUCUCUCCUACCUGAAAAUGCAGUGCUUGCUCCGCUUGCCUCACCUUCCUCUGCUCAUCAGUUCUCCCCGCCCUUGUUUCCUGUUCCUUCCAUCUCAUGCUUCUUCUUUACUGCAUCCUCCCUUCUCUCCAAGGAAUAUUCAUGUUUUACACCCAUGCUUAGGGUUGUUUUGUGUUUAGAAGUCAGCUCUCAACCCACCCACCACCUGCAGAAGCCACAAAGCAUGUUCCUCUUGCCACCCUCUGGGGAAAGGCUCCUUUCCAAGAGCCCCUUCUCAUAG